AUGAAGCCAUAUCUGAUGAUUGUAGCUUUCGUGAUGAUUCUGGCCAGCAGUUUGAUAUCCUGUCAACCCGUAGAGAUUCAGCAGUUGACUUUGGAAGAUGUUGAUGGACAGCAACAAAAUGAUGUAAAUGGCCCUGGAAUUCGACAAGUUCGUCACUUUUUCGGAGGCGGAGGCCGUAGAGGUUAUUUUGGCGGCGGCGGAGGCAAUCCUUAUGGCCGCGGCGCCUAUCCUUAUAACGGCGGUGGCGGCUAUUAUCCUAAUAGCGGCUAUGGCAAUAGCUAUGCUUCAGCUCAAGCUCAAGCUUCAGCUUCAUCCUUUGGGCGAUAA